AUGGCCUCGGUGCUAGACGUUAACUCUGAGCCCACGAGUGGGCUUCAGACAUUUGCGCUCUUUAUCUUAUUCUUCUUUCCCGGCCUGGCUCUCAUAGUGGUAGGGCUUCGGAAUGCAGGCCGACUGGCAACUCGCCAGUUUGGUUUGGACGACUGGCUCAUCACCAUUGCCAUGUUUAUCUCAGUGGCGGAAACCGUCUUUAGCUAUUUCUAUAUCAAGACCAACUUCGUCGGCAUCGACGAGUCGCAAAUUCCACCGCACGACCCGACGAAUGGGAGGAUAUGGAACUUCGCAGUCCAGAUCCUGUACAACCCCAUUCUAGCCCUCGCCAAGUCCUCGGUCCUCAUAUUCUUGCUGAGGCUAUUCGGACAAAAGGGCGGUGUCCGCAAGUUCAUCAUCUGCCUCAACACGUUCAACAUCCUGCACAUGUUUGGUGUCUUCUUUGCACUCACGUUCCAGUGCUCACCCGUCGCCUUCGCCUGGGACAAGACCAUCCGCGGGGGCCAAUGCGUCGAGCAGCGCGUCCUCUUUACCUCCAACGCGGUCAUCAAUAUCAUUGUUGACUUUCUGAUCUUGGGCUUGCCGCUCUGGAUCUUCGUGGACCUCAAGAUUCCCAAGCGGGCCAAGAUUGGCUUGAUGUUUGUGUUCCUGCUUGGGUUCCUAGUCACGAUAACGUCCAUCGUCCGCCUGGUCCUCCUAGUCCAGGGCCUCUUCGGUCUGGUCCGAGGCCCCGGAGACACGAGGAACAUCGGCUUCAUCACGUCGGCUAUAGAGACCAACCUCGCCCUCAUCACCGCCUCCGCGCCGGCCCUGCGGCCCUUGCUGCGCUCCCGCGACCGCGGAGGCUGGCUGCCGUCGCUGACGCGCAAGGCGGACGUUGAGAUGGCCUCGACGGAGCCCGAGCUCCUGGCGUCGAGGGCGUCGACGACGGCCGGCGCCGCGAGGAGCGGCAGCAGCAGGGGCGGCAAGAGCUCCCGGGGCGGCAGCCUCCGCGGCGGCAGGCGCGGGGGCAAGAGCAGCCGGCGCGGGGGCAAGAGGCCCGUGGCGCUCCGGGACAUACGGCUCGUGCCGGCGGGCCAGGAGCUGCGCAGCCAGAGCCCGCGCAGCAGCGAGGAGGAGACCAUGACGUCCAACGGCAUCAUGCGCGUGAGCGACGUGCAGCGCGAGAUCGACGGGCUGGCCAAGGAGCUCGUCGUCGUCGGGACCGGUAGCGGUAGCGGCGGCCGCGGCACCGGCCGCGGUCCGCGGUACCCGAGCGGCGCGGAGGUGACGAGCGAGGACAUCGCGGACCUGAGGCGGUUCCCGGCCGCGCGGUACCUGGGCGGCGAGGGCGUGUACCCGGACAUGGAGUACCGCGGGGAGAGAGACUACAACGAGGAGCGGCUGUCGCGGUACGGCGAGCGGCGGUUCGGCGUCGUGACGCCCAAGACGCCCAAGGCGCCGCCGCCGCGGUGGGCGCAGGGCGGCGGGCAGCCGUUCUGA